GGCUGAAGCCAGAGGCUCUUCCCUCGCCACGUGCUGUCCCGGAACCAUGAGAGGCCUCCAUCCUGUCCUGCUGGUGGUCCUGCUGUGCUCCGAGCUCGCCCCAGCCUUGAGUCUUCGGUGCCACCUCUGUUCCGGGACUCAGGAAGCCCAGAGUUGCCUGGUCAUGACAUGCGGACCGAGAGACACGGUCUGCUACAGGGCCAACCUAGUCACCACCUGGACGGCCGGGCAGAAGAUCGAGUCGACAACAUCGGCUUGUGGCCCCUCGUGUGAGGAGGCUACCAAACAGAUAGAGGCAUUAGCUAACCAAACGCAGAGGCCUGGUUCGCCGGGCCCUAAGAUGGAAGUGAAAGGUGUCUCUUGCUGUGAACGCGACCUCUGCAACGCGGCAGCCCCGGCGGAGCGCGGCCUCUGGGCCCUGGCUGGGGGGGUCCUGCUCAGCCUGGGGCCGGCCCUCCUCUCCCUGCUGUGAGCACCUCAUCGAGGGCACAGCGGAGGGACCGGGCGACUGUGCGCCACACAGUCCGCAUGCACGCGCCUCAGCAAGCGCGUCCGGUCACGCGCAGGCACGCAGGCACAGGCGCGCACGCCCAGGCCUGGGAGUGCCCUGCAAAGGUUGUGGGCGGUGCUCCUCCCAGUGCAAAGUCCAGGGAGGCAGGCGGGGCCCUGCCCCAGCACUGACGCCGCUGUGCCGACAAGCCUCUCGCGUGUUGCCAGCACCAUCAGUUAACCUCCGACCCACGAAGCAGAGACCACCUGCCGGACAGGGGCCUCCGGGAGAGCCGCCCCGAGGGCCCCUUCGGCCAGCCUGCCACCAGUGCACAGCCCGCAGAGCGAAAAUAAACUU